AUGUGUGUCCCGUAUAGAUACCUUCCAUUGUAUAUAAACAAACACAUUGUGUCUAGAUUCGUACUUACUCUGUACAGCUUGGGAAGGUGCUUGGGUGACUACCUUCCCUCAAUGCUUCUGCCUCGGAGGGGAGAAGAUGGCAGAACCCAAUGGAGAAGAGGGGAAAUAUCUGCUGCCUCAGGUAUGAAGCUCUUUCACCUUGUCUUGGGCAUGAGGGGUCUCCCCUCCGUACAUCGCAUGGUACCUUACCUGCUUACUUAG